AUGGCCACCACGUUGUCCUUAGAAUCCAGUUACGGUGGUGAGGACCUCCGGUUACCGACGAAGAUGUGCAUCGAUGACAUGCUGAAAAAGCAUUGUGGGGAAUUCGGGCGGUGGCAGCUGAAGCAAUUCGUCCUCACAAGCCUCGCUUGGACACUCGGGGCCUUCCACUCCAUGGUUAUGAUAUUUGCUGACCGUGAACCACAAUGGAGGUGCCACCCUGGCGCCGCCGGUUCGCACUGCCACACCGGUUCCCCGAGUGUCUGUGGCCUCCCACAGGGUUCGUGGGAAUGGGCUGGAGGCCGCCGCGGCACCACCGUGUCCGAGUGGGGUUUGAUUUGUGGAGACAAAUUUAAGGUUGGGUUGGUCCAUGCUUUGUUCUUCGUCGGCAGUAUGAUCGGUGCGGGAAUAUUUGGUCACCUCUCAGACUCAUUUCUCGGAAGGAAAGGCUCUCUAGCUGUGGUUUGUGCCCUAAACGCCAUCUUUGGCUGCUUAACAGCACUCUCUCCUAACUACUUGACCUAUGCCCUGCUCCGCCUCCUCACCGGCUUCAGCUCCGGUGGCAUCGGCCUCUGCGCCUUCGUCCUCGCCACCGAGCCAAUUGGUCCCAAAAAACGAGGGUUCGCCGGCAUGUCCACCUUCUACUUCUUCUCAGGUGGCAUUGCACUUCUCUCAGGCAUUGCCUACAUCUUCCAAACAUGGCGCCAUCUCUACAUAGCUUCCUCCAUUCCCUCCUUCCUCUACAUCAUCCUUGUCCUUCCCUUCAUAUCCGAGUCCCCAAGAUGGUACCUCGUUCGUGGCAAAAUAAGAGAGGCCAUGAAGCUCAUGUCCACCAUCGCUUCUUCCAAUGGAAAACAACUUCCCAAUGGUGUUCUUCUCGCACUUGACGAAGAAGCUUCAGCAUCAGCAAAUGAUAAUAAUGAACACUUGGAAAACAAAGAUGCAGUUGUUGGAUCCAUCUUGGACGUGGUUCGCACACCAAUCACACGUGUAAGGUUAUUACUAGCUGUGGCUGUUAACUUCUUGGGCUCUUUGGUGUACUAUGGUCUAAGCCUAAACGUUGUGAACUUGAAAAUCAACCUUUACUUGAAUGUGUUGCUGAAUUCGGUGGGGGAAAUGCCGGCGUUUAUAAUAACCGCGGUGUUGUUAGACAGGUUUGGGAGAAAGCCGUUGACCGUUGGAACGAUGUGGUUCAGUGGGUUCUUUUGUUUGAUGGGAAGUUUGAUGAGUAACGUUGGUGUGUGGAAAGUGGUGAGAAUGGUGUGUGGUGUUUUAGGGAUAUUUGGGAUGGCGGGGACUUAUAAUUUGCUUUUUAUUUACACGGCGGAGUUGUUCCCUACGGUGGUGAGGAACGCCGCGCUUGGGUGUGCCACGCAGGCGGCGCAAAUGGGGGCCAUACUGGCGCCGUUUGUGGUGGUUUUGGGUGGUUGGUUGCCGUUUGCGGUGUUUGCAGUGUGCGGGAUUUUGGGUGGUGUGUUUGUGUUUUAUCUGCCUGAGACUCUGAACCAGCCACUCUACGAUACAUUCAAUGGAUUGGAAGCUGGAAUUGCACAAUCCUAG